UUAAGUGACAACCGAAAAUAACUACGGAAACACUGUGCCACCCUCGCCGCGCGCGUAUUCCCUUCUGCUAUGGUCAUGGGCACUCGUGUUGUUGGUUUUCAAUAAAUUUCACUAUAAAUUGUUUACUUCGGUGAAAUUUUUGCACAUAAUAGUUUGAGCCAUCGGACCGAAAAAAGGCAGCCCGGUAGUGUGGAUGAAUAUUCUAGUGCAACGUGAAACGGAAACCUAACGGAACUGACAGGACACAGUGUGUGGUUAUAUGUGAUAUUUUGGCUGUUGGUUGAUUCACAGCGGAAGUGGCGACCUUUUUGAAAAAGAACCGAGAAUAAAUUCUGAACAUAAACAAAAUCGGAAGGACGAUGUGUCGAGUUGGAUUACUGUUGGUAGCGGUUCUUACGGUUGGAUUGUGUCAAGCCCGAAGACUGCCAGCGCGUAGGGAACGAGUGAAAGCAUACGAGUACGUGCUGCCCGCCGGUGCCGAGGAGAUACGUGAUGACAUUAACCAUUCAUUUGUAUGUGCGAAUCGAACCGACGGAUUCUACGUUGACAUUGAUAAUGACUGUCAGAUUUUUCACCGAUGCCAGGAUCGAGCCCGUUUCAGUUUCAUUUGUGCUGAGAAGACUUUGUUCAGUCAAAUGUAUCAAACCUGUGUGCACGAAGGACAACUAGGAUAUCCGUGCGAGGAUUCCGCUAUGUUCUUCCCAGAUGGUGAGGGGGACACCGGCUCCGAAAAUGAAGCAAAUGGAGGUGAAUCCGAACCCGAAAAUGAACAAGCCCCAGCUGCAGCAAUGCCUUCGCAGGAGUUGAUGCCACCGAAAAGGGCAGCGGCCGUUGUUGAGGAACAGAAAGUUGUUGGUGCCAGUGCGAUGCCCGUGAAUGACAAUUUCAUAAAUAUGUUUGAUCACCAGCAGGUGAACUCCGAUGUGUUCGAUCCUGUGGAAGAUGAUGAAAGUGAGAAUACGGCCCAUGAAGUCCUGGAUGAGCAGGCCACUGAUCAAGAGCCGGAAAGGGUAUUCCAUGAUGUUGAAGAGGAAAAUGAUAACACACAAGAAAUCGAGGUUAGCGAUGAAAGCGGAGACGUCAACGGUGAAUCUUUGUCCAAUCAGGAAUAUACAGACGGAAGGACGCCAAUUGCACUUGAAGCAACAAAGGAAACUAUUGAGACAAAUGAACUUGAUUCAAAUGUGAAUGAUGAGAACACAGUCCCUUUCCUUAUUCAUGUGGAGGAAGAACAGCCAGAAGAACAUUCUGAAGUGAACACCAAUGAUGUCCAGACGAUCGAGGAAUUCGAACCUGUUGCUCUGGAUAUUGAAGAGGCUGAACAACACUCUGAUGACUCGGAUGAGAUCAUUGCUGAACCAACCGAAACCAUCGAACACGAUGCUAACUAUGUAUUGGAACCGGAGCUUCAUAAUGAAAAACUUUCGAAUACAUUGGUUUCAACCGAACCCAUUUCUGAAAAUAAGUUAGAGGAAGUUCAAGCCAUCGAAGAACAUGAAAAGGAACCUCUUCUGGAACAAGUUGUAUCCGAAAUUGUGUUAAAUGAUGACAGCAGCGAGGAAAGUCCAAAGAAGAGUGAAUCUCUUGUGCUAGAGAGUCCCACAAUCGAACAAGUGCAGGAUUCGAUUGAGAGUUCGGAUGAGCGAACUGAGGAGGUAUCGAUAUUGGAUGCAGAUAAGCAAUCAUCACCUGCGGCGGUAGAGUCAGAGAUACCCACACAGGCUGUACUGAACGAAGAGGCUCACCAAGAGUCUUCUUUAACCAGUAAUCAACUCCCAGUAGAUUCCCAGAAAUCAGUGCUCCCUGAAUUUAUCGUCUCAACGGUAGCAAAUCUGAGGAAAGGAGUUCCUGCCCCACCAUUGAGGCGGAGGAAAACAUUCCUGUUCAAGGCGGAUGCCAUUUCGUCGUGAGCAACGAUAGCAAUGUGUGACGGCGGCGAAUAGUUUUAUUACGCUGGAUGCAACGAUUAACCAACCACCGUAGUCCUAUGGAAAACGUUGACGUUAUUGUAGGAUUAAGUAAACUAAUUUAUUUUGCGAAAAAAAAAAAGAAAUGAAGAAAAUAAAAUUUGGAAACUGUUUCAAAAUCAUCUGCUGCAUUCGUCUGUCUAAUGUACUUAUUUGUGGAAUUCUGGUAUGAUUGAAGAAAUCGUAGGUAUUUGUUAAUUAUUUAUGAUCUAUAUUUUAGGCUGCGGACUACCAACGUUGACUGUAGCAAAAAGACAUUAGAAAAAGAAUGUAGUACUAGACAAUAAAACAAAGUUUUCACCCUCCUGUACUCGCGCGCAAAAUCAUAACUUGUAUACUCGUAUACCCGCACACGGUGUCAUGGAGUGUGCGAGUCCCUGUAAUUUUGCUAUUGUGUAUUUUAGG